AUACGAGAGGAUCAAACAUCAGCAUCGAAAGAUCGAAUCUGUCUACAAUGGAGAAAGGAGUUCUGUUAGAACUAACUAGAGGGUCGACUAAUUGGGCCAGAGUGGUGGAAGAGAUCGUGAAGCUGGAGAAGAAAACGUUCCCUAAACACGAAUCUCUCGCUCAAACAUUCGACGGAGAGCUCCGCAAGAGAAACGCCGGUUUGCUAUACGUGGCAGCCGACGGAGAGACUUUGGGCUAUGUCAUGUAUUCUUGGCCAUCUUCCCUUUCCGCUUCCAUCACCAAGCUCGCAGUGAAGGAGAGUUGCAGAAGACAAGGCCAUGGAGAAGCAUUGUUAAGAGCAGCUAUUGACAAGUGCAGAAGCAGAAAGGUACAACGGGUCUCACUUCAUGUCGACCCCACGAGGAUUGCUGCUGUGAAUCUGUACAAAAAACAUGGGUUCCAAGUAGAUUGUCUGGUGAAAAGCUACUACUCGGCAGAUAGGGAUGCUUACAGAAUGUACCUUGAUUUUGAUGACUCUGUUUAGCCAGAAAGAUUUAUUGGGGAUUAUCAAAGCGAAGCAUUGUUUGGAUAGUGAAUCAAUUGUCUUGUACACACUCAUUAAUUACUCUCCAAAUGAAUAUACUAAAAGGGGUUAUUGGUAGAAGAAUUUUAGAGGAGUUAGUAAAAUUUAUAG